AUGGACUUCCGCCGCAAUUUUCCUAGCACGCUUAAUUCUAUUCUUGCUAACCUCAUCGCAACAUGGAGAACCUCGAGCACGGAAAACAGGCAUCUUGGACGCUUACGGAGCCAGAUCGAGAAUUAUGAUGCCACAUCGCGAGAGCCACGACCUAACAAGCCGCUUGCCUUCUACAUGUCCUUUAUCGCUCUCCUGAUCAUGGGAUUCAUUUGCGCCACGGUGCUUGGUGUCGCGAUACCUGUAAGUUGUAUUUUCCGGACCUCCUUUUACUCAUAUACUUACGUUGGGCAAGGAUUCUGGGCUAGUACCUCCUUCUUACUUGCAGUGGUCAUUGUUCAGCCUCUCUACACCAGCGUAUCCAACGUCAUGGGUCGCAUGAUGCCCCUGUAUACCUCGUACUUUUUCUUCAUUGUUGGGUCGAUCGUCUUCGCCGUAGCACAGAAUAUGACUGGGCUGAUUGCGGGGAGGGUUCUAGGAGGUCUCGGCGCUGAACGACCAAUAUACCUUGGCUACUUCUCCAUUCCCAUGCUAGGAGGCACCGUUCUUGGUCCAAUCCUUGCUGGCGCUUUCAGCCAGUACGUCACCUGGAGGUGGAUUGGGUGGAUCAAUCUACCGUUAUCCGCCAUCGGACUCGUUCUUUCAAUCUUCUUUCUAAGGCUGAAAGCCAUUGACCAACCCCUUCAAGAGAAGUUGCGUCGUCUUGAAUGGGGUGUACUCGUCCUGUUCACUACUGGCUGUACAUUGUUUGCCUCGCCCGUGCCCUGGGCCGGUGCUAUGUUCCCGUGGUCCUCGUACCAAACGCUAGUUCCCUCUUUUUUCCCCUACCGGAUCUUUAAGGGUCGGACUGCUUCUUUGACCCUUUUUGUAAGCUUCCUUCACGGCAUCGCCAAUUACAGUAUCACCUUGUAUAUUCCCUUAUUCUUCCAGGCCAUCUACCUCGAAGCGCCAUUGCCAGCUGCUGUCCUGACUCUUCCCGUUUGCUUCCUAGCCAUCGGUACUGCGGUCAUAGCUGCCGUCGUAGUCGAGGUAUUGCGCAGGUACCGGCUUGUGAUUCUUAUCAGCUGGAUCUUCAUGGCCUCCUUUCAAGUCGUCCUCGGGAUUAGAAUCGGCGCCUUCUGGUCCGUUCUGAACCUCCCUUUGCAAGCGAGCAUGGAAAAUGUCGACGAUAUGGGCCUGGCGGCGGGAAUCUUGUGCUCUUUUCGUCUCUUUGGUGGGCUUAUAGGGCUGGCAUUGUCGUCCACAAUAUUCAACACGAUUUUUAUGGACAGAAUUAAGGCCUUGGGUCCUCUUCAAGGUGAGCUAGCUGUUUUAGGCGAUAUACAAGAAGCAGUUGGUUUUAUACCGCUCCUAAGACACAUUGAAACAUCCGCCAAGCUAUUAGACAGGGUCAUUGAAGCAUAUAGGAUAUCAAUAUUUGGAUUUAUUAAGGAAAAGUCGCUGGAACGGGAAGAGCUAGAGAGACAGCAUUUUAAAGAGAACAAUCAGGAACUAAAUCAAUAA